GCCCGGGGAGCCAUGUGCUCUGCUCUGUCUGGGCCGUGGGGGAGGCUGCGCGCUUUGUGUGAACUGCUGGGAAUGCGAGCUCCAGUGCGCGGCCCGGGGGAGCGCCAGCCGAGCUGGGGCAGUUGUCAGAAAGUUCCUGCGGGAGUGGCUGCAGGUGGCGUCGUGGGAGUGUGUAGGAGGGUGCAUGGGCGUAGUGUUGAAGAGCGCUGCCACGGAACUAGUGGCUGGUGUGAUGACGUCCAGCCCUUCCCCUUUGGGGGAGAUCGUGGGUGGGCAGGUCAGUUGGAGUUCGUGGGUGGGCUGAUGCAGGAGUUGGCCUGGUUGUGUGUAUCACUGCUAUUGAUGGGCGUGGGGUUGUAAGGCGAUUCUGUCUGUGGCCCUGAAAAUCAUGGGGUUUGCAGGGCUUGUGGAGUGGUUCGGGCCAGCUAUCUGUGCACUGUUAAAAUUGCUUGGUGUGUUGGCAUGCGAGCAUGGGGUAUAUGUGUGGGAAACCUGCCCGAGUGCUGUCUGGUCUGGGGUGCAGGACACCGAGGUGGAAAGAUUUUUGCACACUAAGGGUCCACCCCAGAGCCCACCCCAGGAACCCUGCAGACUGGCUUCUGGCUGGCGGCCAGGGUGGAAUUUGUGCAGAUAACCUUGAGUAAACUUUUCACAGCCUGCCAGCCUGCAUCGCUCAGCCCAGAUCCCAGCUGCUUUGGUUGAUCCAAAUGUCUGACCUCCGAAUUCAGCCUGCUGGUGGUGGUGCUCUCUGAGGAGUGGCACCUCUAAGUAGUGCCUGUCUCGCCUCCAGGUGGCCUGGCUGAGGGUAGACCCUUCCCUCGAAAGCCUGGCCUAGCCGGCACAGAGAUCUGGGCCCAGGCCCAAGUCCAGGAAACAAAACCUGGGAGAUGCCAGAGUCUGUUGGCUUGGCCUGCUGGGGAGCUGUUAAAAGGCUGAGAAGGGAGGAGCCUGAAUUCUGGCAUCUGGUUGGCCUAGAAUUUUUGUUUUUAAAAUGUAAAUUUCUUUGCCUGUGUGAACAAGAACUUUAGGAGAGGAGCACUGAGUUGGCAUAUCUAGGGGGGAAAAGUUCCUUCACUUGACAAGUGAAGGAGGGUGGGCUUCACGCCCAGAGAAAGGAGGACUUACCCAGGGUCACACAAACAAGUGGAGGGUAGGCAGGGACCAGAGCCCAGCCUUGCUCACUCUUCUGAAUUUUGAGAGGUUAAGUCUGGGAUCACGCUGUCAAAGAGAAGGUCUAAGAAACUUACUGGCAACUUAGUGAGGAAUGACUCACUGUUCUUUCCUGCAGGGUACACGGUGCUCAGCAAAUAUUACAUGGGUUGCAGCAGGCCAUGGUGAUUAGAGUUUCCAGACUCCUCUGGGGCCUCAGACACCUGGGAGGCAGGAUAAUGUAGAGUCCAAAAGGCUCACUGGAGGUCCAGCCUCACCCGUAGGCACCAUGUCUGACAGCGAUCUAGGUGAGGAUGAAGGUCUUCUGUCCCUGGCGGGCAAGAGGAAGCGCAGGGGGAACCUGCCCAAGGAGUCAGUGAAGAUCCUCCGGGACUGGCUGUACUUGCACCGCUACAAUGCCUACCCCUCGGAGCAGGAGAAACUGAGCCUUUCUGGACAGACCAACCUCUCUGUGCUGCAGAUAUGUAACUGGUUCAUCAACGCCCGGCGGCGGCUCCUCCCCGACAUGCUGCGGAAGGAUGGCAAAGACCCUAAUCAGUUCACCAUUUCCCGCCGUGGGGGGAAAGCCUCAGAUGUAGCCCUGCCCCGUGGUAACAGCCCCUCCGUGCUGGCCGUGUCUGUACCAGCCCCCACCAAUGUGCUCUCCUUGUCUGUGUGCUCUGUGCCGCUCCACCCAGGCCAGGGGGAAAAGCCAGCAGCUCCCUUCCCAGAAGGGGAGCUAGAGCCCCCUAAGCCCCUGGUCACCCCCGGUGGUACACUAACCCUACUGACCAGGGCUGAGGCUGGGAGCCCCACAGGUGGACUUUUCAACACACCGCCACCCACACCCCCAGAGCAGGACAAGGAGGACUUCAGCAGCUUCCAGCUGCUGGUGGAGGUGGCGCUGCAGAGGGCUGCUGAGAUGGAGCUUCAGAAGCAGCAGGACCCGGCACCCCCAUUACUGCACACUCCCAUCCCUUUAGUCUCUGAGAACCCCAAGUAGGCAUUUGCCAAUAGGGGUGCUCAAGGCUAGAGCCAGCUAUCCUGGGUUCCCAGUUUGCUUCCUUCCUACAGAGGGUUUUCUAUGGAUCACUGCCAAGCAUCAGGAUCAUCUCCUCUGUCCAGAGGUCUUUUAGCAGGAAGAUGCCCGCCAGCAUCACUGCACUAUAAUGGCGACCUCUCCUAUGCUGACUCUGCCAUUUCUCCAGGCCUCCUCUCAGUGAUGAGACCAAGGGAUUGGAGACCUGGCAUGGUGCUGCUGCUUCUCCAGAGAACCCCAGCCUACUUUCCUGGGCUGGGCUCAGGAAACCUGCCAAGUUCAGACCUCUCUGGGUCCAAGCUGCCGCUGAGCUGUGCCUCUUUCUGUCAAGCCUGGUGUGGACAUUCCAAGUUCAUAAACGUGGACAAAAGAGGAAACCAGCAGACGUAACAGGACCGACUCCAGUUGAAUGUUUAGGUGUUUAAUUUUUUCCUUUUUGCUGUGGUUUGCAUUAAUAGCAGUAGUUAUCCCAGGUGUGGGGCACGAGAGCAUUGCAUGAUAGACUGAUAAAACAGAAUUAUCCACCACUGAAACUGAGGAUUGUUGCAUAAGGAAGGAGUAUUUGUUAUUGUGGGGACCAGCUGAAUUUCUGCAAUAGCACAAAAUUCUAAAUGGUGGUUUGGUGUUGGUUGAACCACCGUCACCCCCUGCCACCUCGGGGGGAAAAGAAAAGGCAGGGGAAAAACACACGGGCACUGGCUUUUUUGCAUUAGGCACUGAAGGGGGAUAAAGCCACAGCCAAGAGAGCCUAAUCUGACAAAACCUAGAUUUUGAGCAGAGAAUGAGAAAAUCAAAAGUGUUUGUUUUUAUUUUUGUUUUUACUGUAUUUUGGGGGGACAUGGGAUGUAAACUAGACUAAGACAGUGGGGGGUUUUUUCUUUCGUUUUAAUGUUUCCCCUUCUUGGUUCUUCAAGGCUUUGUCUACAGCCUAAGUCCUGAAUCAUUUUAGGAACUUGGCUAGAACAUCCAUUCUAGCCUCCCCAAUUUGGAGAGAAGUGAGCCAUCUGCUGGUCAGGAAGCCCUUGUAGCCACUCCAAUAGGCAGCUUUUCCCACAACCAAGGCAGGAAGGUAUUCCUGGAGAAAGCAGGGAGUAGUCCCUACAGCUGGGGCUGAAAAUGGGUUAAAAGCUUUUGAUACUGUAGCUUUUGAGUUCGUUUCACCUUUCCGUAAGUUGGAGUUGCCAGGGGCCUGCCUGAAUUUCCCAGUGAGACACAUCAUAGCUGGUCUUCAUCUCCCCCUUUCCCUUUUUAUUUUGCUGUUUCAUUGCUGAUAGUGUUCAACAGCAGUAUACCCCAUCUUUAUAUAUUCUAAGAAACACUAAUCUUAGAUUUUUAUUAGCCAGCAUAUUUUCGUUCUUAAUAUAAUGUUGUUACUGGGCCAAAAACUAUGCCAGGAGCCCCGAUAUGUAGUUUCUUGAAAUUGCCAGGAUGGGCACAAGGGGAAGGGAUUCCUGGGUGUCGACUGACUUGGGUGGGCCUAGCCAGAAGAAAGGCAGAACACAUCUUCUGUCUUUUUAGAAAGAACCCUGGCAGGUUCCCUUACCUCUCUUAAGUGGCUUGGUCCAUCCCCUUGCUUGUGAGUGUGGGAAUAGAUUUCUUUUUAGGAAGGGAAUUCUGCUCCCUGGGUGGGCAAGAUUCCUGAGCCUUCUGUUCCACCUCCUCCAGCCCCUUCUUCCUGUGCCCGAGGGUGUCAGGGAUCCUCAUAUCGUGAGGCUUAGCUAGUAAAGGAUAAACAUGGCAGCUUCAGAGCUAGUUGCAACUGCAUGCCCAGCCUGUCCAACCUGCGCAAGCCCAGGUCCAUUGUGACUAAUGCAGGGUGCUCUGUAACGGGACUUGGAGGAUACUGGGCUGAAUGGGAUUUUCCCUUCCCACAGAGUGCUGAGCAGGGGAGGUGAUGAGGGGUGAGGGAGCCAUGCUGCUGAAUUGUUUGGCAUUCCCCCCUUACGUAAAAUGGGGUGUUCUGGCAGUGGGGCACUUUCUGCUUGGAGUUGGUUAUACACCUGGAGAAGCAGUUGUCCCAUUCAGUUAUUUGAGCAAACAACUACUGUAAAUAACUUGUUUUGU